GGCAGCGUUCACACGGUAUGUGGUCGCAUUGUGCUUUUCCUAUGAUUCGAUUAAUUUCGUGAUUAUGGGGGAAAUACAAAACAAAUUGUUCGCCUAAUUGCAUGAUGACGCAAGUCGAAACAAGAAACGAUGAAUUGGCUAAAGUUGAAACAAUAAGUGACGUGAAGGAUGUUCAACCACAGGAAAACCGCAAAGGUCAUGGACGUUUGUACAUUCCUCAUGGAAGGGGGGAAGAAGAUGUUUAUAAACCACAUGCUCAGCACAUUGAUGUGGAAUACUCCGAAUGCGGUCCAGAUUGGAGUUCUAUGAUCAGAUGGCUACCACCCCCUUCACCUGGCAAAAAACCGAAAGAAACAACGUUUUAUCCACCACUUGAAAGACUUCGCCAUUUUCCAGAUAAAUCCAAUGUAACAACAUCAAAAGAAUAUCAGUUUUAUCCUCCCCAUGGUAUUCCACUGGUUUACAGCAAAGGAAAGGUCACCACUUUUGAUAGUGUGCAUCUUGCAAGUCAAAGAACUUACAAUGAGAUUACAGAUAUAGAACAGUUUGGUAGAAAAGGCUUUGUGUUGGACACUCGUGACGGAUAUCCUUCUGCAUCAGCAGGAGACAAACCAUAUAGAAUUCCAGAAUAUUCACCUAAUUUUCACAAAUUUGGAUCAACAAGACCAGUAGUCAAUUUUGGUGGUUUCAAAGCAGAAAUGGCAGAUACAUUCAUACCGCUGCAGGCACUCUCGCCCACACCAGUGAAACCAUAUACGGUUGUGGAAGCAGAAAAAAAGAAGCAGGAAGAGGUAAAUGAAGUGGAAUCUCUAAAUCAAUGGAGACCUGCAUCACCCCUCCAAGUCCCAAUAGCAGAAUGGCGAUAAUUAUCAGUAUACAUCCUGUGAUUUUUUUUUCGUGGCAUUGCGUGCAAUUAAAAAAUAUUGUUUUUCAAAUCAGUCUAUAUUGCUAAAUAAAUAAAAUGUUCUGGAAAAGUUCAGCUUUUUCUAACUUGAGAAUACUUGAA